AACAGGCCAGGCUGAGACCAGCACAUCUCUGCUGCUACUGACUGGAGACUGGAGGUAAAGAUCAGCAAAGGAAGCGAUGGCGGUGGUGUUGCUUGUGAUUUUCCAGUUCCUGGUUCUGGCCUCUGCAAAGGAGGACCUUCAAGACUGUCUGAGGGAUAAAGACUACGAUGCACUCCUGCAGACGGCACAGAGCGGCUUGCCGCACAUAAAGACGCCACAUCACGUGAUCAUUGUUGGAGCUGGCAUGGCUGGGCUGACCGCUGCCAAGCUACUGCAGGACGCAGGACACCAGGUGACUAUAGUGGAGGCCAGUGGUCGUGUUGGAGGCCGUGUGGAGACCUACAGGAAGGAGGAUGAGGGCUGGUACGCUGAGCUGGGAGCCAUGAGGAUACCCAGUUAUCACAGCAUCGUCCACUAUUAUGCCAAGCAGCUGGGGGUUGAGCUGAAGGAGUUCGUCAUGGAGGACCCCAAUACCUUCUAUCUGGUAAACGGGGUGCGCAAGAGGACCUACACUGUCAAGGCCAACCCCGACGUCCUCGGCUAUGGUGUAAACCAGAGCGAGAAGAAGAGAUCACCUGACGACCUGCUGGAACUUGCUUUGAAGAAGGUGAGAGACGAGGUUGAGGCCAAUGGAUGUGAGGCAGCACUGCAGAAGUAUGACCGCCAUUCGGUGGAGUCGUACUUGAGACAGCUUGGAGGUCUAAGUUUGGAGGCCAUCCGUAUGAUCGGCGAUCUGUUGAAUGAGGAGAGUAUGAUGUACACAGCACUAUCUGAGAUGAUCUACGACCAGAGCGACGUCAACGACAGUGUCACGUACCACGAGGUGGUGGGAGGAUCCGACCGUCUUCCCCUUGCCUUCCUCUCAGUCCUUGAUAGCGCCAUCCUACUGAACUCCCCGGUCACCUCCAUUCGCCAGUCCGCUGACGGCGUCACCGUGUCGUAUCGUUACGGCCCGCAUGGUGCCCUGACUGAUUUGGCUGCAGACGCCGUAUUGGUCACGACCACGGCCAAGGCUGCUCUCUACAUGGACUUCCAGCCGCCCCUCUCCGCUGCCAAGAUGGCCGCCAUGCGCUCGGUCCACUAUGACAGUUCCACCAAGAUCCUGCUGACGUUCCGCCGGCGCUUCUGGGAGGACGACGGCAUCCGUGGUGGCAAGAGUGUCACUGACCGACCGUGCCGCUUCAUCUACUACCCCAGCCAUGGUUUCCCAGGCAACGACAGCGUGGGCGUGCUCCUGGCGUCCUACACGUGGUCGGACGACUCGCUGCUGUUCCUGGGUGCGAGUGACGAGGAACUAAAGGACCUUGCCCUGCGAGAUCUGGCGCUCAUCCACCCGCGUCACGACGUGCGGGCACUCUGCACGGGCGUCCUGGUCAAGCGCUGGAGCACCGACCCUUACAGUCGCGGCGCCUUCGCUCUCUUCACACCCUACCAGCACCUCCACUACGCCAAAGACCUCUUCAGGCCUGAGGGGAAGGUGCACUUCGCUGGGGAGCACACCGCCCUGCCCCACGCCUGGAUAGAGACGGCCAUGAAGUCAGCCAUUAGAGCAGCCAUCAACAUUAACAGCGCCGCGCUGGAAACCAGCAGCCCUGCCACAAACCUUAACACACCCAUGCUGGACUCAGACUCGGACAAAACAACCAAAAAGGAGCUGUAGGAGCCCAGUGCACUGCACUGUGUUUAGGCUAUACUUGAUUAACACCUGUGUUUUACACUGUGAUAACAAUAUUUUGUAUUUAUUGUUGAGAGUUUUUUUUACUAAUAGGAAAUAUUUUGCACUGAAAUAAAGAAAAGGACAUGUUUUGUAAUU